AUGGAGCAGGUGGUCGCUGCACCCACUGAGGAGGGCGAGCGCCUUGAGGCGCCGGCUUCGUGCCACGACGAGGCGUGGGAAAAAGUGCGGGUCGUCAGUGCCAUGGAGUUCUACAACCUCCUCAUAUCCCUUCGGUAUGCGGUGGUGGACCUGCGGGCAAGGGCCGAGUGGGAGGAGGGUCCCCGCAUGGACAUGGCCCAGCCCUACUGGCCGCACCACCACCACCACCACUUGGCGGAGGGCGGGAGCUGGCAGGACGCCUGGGGCUUCGAGAGCCAGGAGCGGGUCAUGGACAUGUUCGGCGGCGGCAGUUCCUCCUCCUCGUCUUCGUCUUCGGUCACCACCGCAGCCAAGCCGCCUCCCGCACUUAUGACAAGUGCGAUAUGCGUUAAGCAGGAGAAGAAGGAAGGGGCCAAGGAGGGCAAGAAGGUGCCGAUGGCCGACACCAACGUCGUGGCCCUGUCGCUCGGCGUGCUCGCCCAGGAGCCCACGCUCAUGACCGGCGAGGCCGUGUUUUGUGAAGAGUGCAAGGCCGCGCUGUCGGCCCUCAGCACCCUGCAGACCGCCGACUCAACCAACGCCGGCGACGAAGACGCCGAGGCGGGGCAGAAGUGGCAGUGCGAGUUUUGCGGCCACGUCAACGAGGACCUGCACCUGGAGGAGGAGGAGAUCCCGACCGCCAACACCGUCGACUACAUGCUCGCCCCGCCCUCCCUGGUCGAAGAAGGCGAAGGGCUCAUCGUCUUCUGCAUGGACAUCAGCGGAUCCAUGUGCGUCUCCACCGAAGUACCAGCGCUCCAGAACGAAUGGAAGGCCCUCCGACAGGGCGGCGGCAAGUCGAAGGAAGAGAAGAACAAGGAGAUCAACGCGUCGUUCAAUGCCGAGAACUCGUACCAGUACAUGCCGCGGGAGAACCGCAACGCGUCGUAUAUCUCGCGGCUCGAGUGCAUGCAGGCCGCUGUCGACACCCAGCUCCAGCGGCUCAAGGUCCAGAGCCCCAACAAGAAGGUGGUCCUCAUCACCUUCAACAACGAGGUCACGAUUGUGGGCGACGGGUCGAGCGGGGGCAAGGUGGUGACGGGCGACCGACUGGGCGAGUUCGACGAUCUGCUCAAGGUGGGCCACGACCUGGACACCAAGGCCCUGCGCCCCAUUGCUGAGUCCCUCGACGAUGUCUCCCAGAAGGUCGCCCAACUCCAAGAGAAUGGAGCGACGGCGUUGGGUCCGGCGCUGCUGCUGGCGGUGGCCAUUGCGUCGCACAGCCGGCGCUCGGAGGUGGUGGUGUGCACCGACGGCCUGAGCAACGUGGGCGUGGGCUCGCUCGAGGGCGCCGAGAAGGAGCGGGGCGCCGAUAAGUAUUGA